GAAGAUCAGAUAUUCCAUGAUUUAACAAAAGUUCGUUUGUUUAAACUUCAAACGUAAAGUGAAAUUGUUCAAAAUUUGUAUGAAAUAUAAAAAUGGAAAAAGGAGCUACUAAAGUAUACCGCCGUAAAGUUGGUUUUACAGAAAAUUUGAGCCAGAAACCGAAAUCUAGCGAAGGAAUUCGGAAAGAGAUUCAACGUCCAAGAAGUAGAAGCGUCUACACCGCUAACUCCUUCGCCAGCGAUGAACCGUUGAGUUUGAGAGGUGAAAUUAAACCGUACGAAGGAUCAUCUUGGAUGCCCAGGAUUGUUCCUUGUAAAAAUUAUUUUAUUGACGAAUAUAACGAAAUUUGGCAUGAUGACACCGCUAUAGGGGGUUGUUCCAUAAGUCCUCACGGAGUGAUCACCCUACGCCUUCACGACCGCGUGAGAGUCGACAUAUCUCUUGAUAGAUCAAUAAGGGUUGUCAAUAACAAGAGUGGCAUUGUUCUGGCCCUUAGUGCCUCUGGCAGUUCGGCAGCCCUUUUGCAUCCAAACGGGAGGGUCUAUCAAUAUGGGUCAAGGGUCGAAAUUUUAGCCCAUGACGCGGCCGGAAACGGAAAAUAUGCUAAAAUGUGGUACAAAGGAGUGAGCUUUACAAGUGACCAAUGCGCGUUGGUUUACCUUGUGGAUUCGGCUGGCACCAGGACCACCACCGAUACAUUUUUGGAUCUUAGUGGAGACUUUUCUCUGAAUGUCUUUUAUGGGGAAGGGCACCACUUUGAUCCUGCCAAUUAUGGUCCUCACAAUAUCAACGAGGCAAUUGCUGUGCUUCAGGAGUCCAAUUAUUGGAAUACCGAUGAUGGAACUGAUAAUUGGAUGAUCAACGGCAUCAGAAUUUCUCAGACUGCCGACGGUCUUGUGCGUAUUGGUCGUAAUAGCAAUAAAUUCUCACUGAGAACAUCGCCUUCUAAUGGAUCCGCGUCCGUUAGCACCCCAUUUCUACAUUGUACCGGUUCCAUGGGACAGACGAGACAUUUGUUUGUACGUCGCGGCGAAAGGCGCAUGCACUAUGAUGGCGCAAGCUUUAUCGUUCGUAAUGCCGGCCAUUCGGCCGGUUUCGACGAUAAACAACAAUUAAAAGUAUAUUAGAAGGGGUUCGUGGGGUGCGCGUGCGUCAAAUUGCUAUUAACAAUUACAAACGGGAGUCAGAAAAAUUAUGCUUUUCCGCAAAAGACUUAUUCUUUUUGUAAUGCAGGAGAAGGCGGAGUACUGUUCUUGAAAAUAAUGACUAUCGUGGUUGGCUCUCGUGGGUUCUUGUUCAAGGCAGUUGCGCAUGCGCACCUGCAUUAUCGUGAGGGUUCGCACUUUCUCCGUCUGAUGGGGCGGGCAUAUGUUUUGAAGGAACGUUGAGGUUUGUUACUAAUGAUGAGUGAGCGUUAGGGUGGGAGUUUGUCGUUGGGUUUUUGGUCGCGAAGUUGACGUUUGUUGUUCAAGCCGGAUAGCUUUUAGUUGCACUUGGGCGACGAUUGAGUGUGUGCUACAUCUUGGGUUUAUCCAUGGUCAGAUGAUCGCUCAGACGCGGAUUGGGAAAUAGUAGCGUGGAAAAUUAAAUGGCGUCGCAAUGAAAAAUCUUUAUUUUCUCAACUUCAGUUAAGUGAUGGUGCUUUUCGAUCUUUCCAUAUCGAAAUUCAAAGAAUUAUCUACAAUCGCGUAAUUUCUAGUACAUAUUUGAUAUUUUGUAUGUCUAUAGCUCGAAAAAUUUUAAAAAUUGAUUUUUAAUAAUCAAAUGCAAUUAUUAACGAAAAUAUAUUUACAGUAUUUUAUUAAAGUAUAUAUAACACAUUAUAAAUAUAGGCCAAGCACGUUACAGAGUGGUGGUGUAUUUUCAAACUAAAACCAUUUUAUUUUAUACAGAUAACUACUGCUCGAUUACAACAAAUGAAAAGGUACUACUAUCUACGAGGUUUUCUCUCACAGAAAAUAGGUAGUUUUAGGCAAUUUUAAUUAUAAAAGUACAAAAUUAAAUGCAAAUACAAAUUUGAAACUGGUGAAUAAAAAAAUAUGAUAAUAAAAGCGUUUUAACCUAACAUGAUCCUCUUAGUAAUUUUGUAUUAGUUCUUUCCUGAAGAAAUUUACAAAUUAUAAAAUUGCAUGACCUAUAAAAAUUAAGUUUACUUUCAUUUAGGUAUCGGAAUUGCACUAUUUGUUGCUAAGAAAAGUAAUACUAUUGUACAGAGACGAUUUUGAACAAUUUGAAUAUUUGUAUUUUAACUUUUUAUAAGAAAACAGUUGGAUGUUUUGUUAUUCGUAGGUUAUGUGCAUGCUAAUGCAUUCGAUAGUUAAAGUAGGAAAACUAGUAGGAACGCAAUAAACGUAGUUUUACUAUGCAUAAAUAAAAAUAAUUUAGGCACCUUAUUAAAUUUUGCAUAAUAUGCUAGUUAUAAACGAGUUAAAAAGAAUAUCAGUUGACAUAUGCUAGUUUAACUUAACAUUUAGGUUAGCGGGAAAGUAGGUGAAAUUUAUUUUAAAUUUCGGGUAAAAGGAAUGUAAUUUAUGUGCAAACGUAUUUAGUUAGUAGGUCUACCUGUUUAUUUUUUGGCAAUUAAACUUUGAUGAGAAAAUAAAAGCAUUUAUAAUGUGCGCUUCGGCCAUUAAGGAUUCCAGACCGCCAUGUUGUUUGUUGUCAACGUUUCAUCCUGUAGCAGUUGAGAUAUUGUUAGUAAUUUUUGAAACAAAUGUUACUUUUUAAGAGCCUUGAAGCUAAUGUGAAUCAUUAAGGACGAAACGCUGUUAACAGUCAAUACGACAAACACGAUGUAAAUCAAAUCAGAAACAAUAAUUCAUUAUAAAGUGUAUAAAACUUGUUUACGUUAUUAUCGACAGAAGAAUGUUUAUCUAAGCUUUUCCUAUAGCACGUAAUCAAUUAUUUGAUAAACUACAUAGGAUAAUAUUUCUAAUUAUUUAAAACUGAUUCUAGGAAUUAAUUCAUUCAAAUAGGUAGUUUAUAAAUUUUGAUGUAGAAUUCUUCAUUCUUUGGACAACACAUUAAUAACAUGAAAAGUGUAUUCGGCAUUUAAAAACGUAAAUAUUACAAUAAAAUAAAAAUGUAAAUAUGAACUAUUCUUUGACUGUAUUCUAACAAAAGGGAGAGAUAAGGAUUAAAAAAAUAUCUUUUUGGUACCUAAUAUUGACUACUUUAUAGCCACUAGUGGUUUAUUUGUUGUAGUUUUAUUCAAACAAUGUCUUUCAUAGCCUACUUCAUCUGAAACUUUCGUUAUUAGUGUAACAGAAAGGAGUAGAUGUAUAAUUUCAAAAAAAUUUUAGUACGUACCUACCUAUUUCACAAACAAUAAAAAAGUAAUUUUAAAUGAAAAUUUUUAUUAGUCAGCAGUAGCAAGAGCAACACACAGUUAGGUUCUUUCUAACAAAUGUUGCAAAGAAUAUUUGAAAAAUCGUGUAAAUAAAAAACAAGAACGUUUAGAAACAACUUACUGGUUGUUUACUAACCUAACUUAUUGUUUGUUGGAUUUUUAAUUAAGUUACUUUUGCUGAACGUGUAGGUAAUACUAUACUAUAUAUUACAAACAUUGCGUUUAAACACUCUGUAACGUGCAAUAAUCAGAAAAGGAAACCCUAAAAAUUACUUUUCAGUUGUUAAGUAACGUAAUUCUUGACCUAGUUCCAAAUUUAUUUACUGUUGGUAAACGUCUAAUUGAAGCGACGCCAUCUUGAUGUUCUGACAGUGCAUUCUGAGCGCUCUUUACUUUAAUGUCGCAAGCGAUGCUGACUUGUGUGCUCAAGCAAAACUUUGUUGGAAAAACAAGAGUCCAAAAUAAUAAAUAUAUCCUGGCUACUAAAUUUUUGUUAUUAAUAUACAUGUUAUAUAUGACGUUAGCUAAAUCGUUAGUGCAUGCGCUGAUCAAAGCGCACAAAACUGUUUGUUCGGUAUUUAAUGUCAAUGUUGUCUUGAGUGUAAUUGAUUUACAAAACUGCCUUGUACGUUUAAUAAAUGUUUUAACAAAA